GACAGCUAAGCUGAAGCAAGCUCCUGCCAGCCAAAUCUGCUCGACCAUUCAAUUCGCGAUCUCAUUCGCAUUCUACCACAAACCUUCCAGCAACGACUUCCAGAUUUCUUUCACAGCUUUUGCAACUGUCUCCGUCACCGCACUGAUUCGUUAGCAAAUCAAACAGCAACUACGUCCACUGACUCACGAUGGCCGACGCAGAGGAGAAAGCCAAGGCCGAGAAGCUGGCUGCGGCCAGGAAGAGGGUGGAAGAGAUGAAGAAAAAGAAGACCAAGAAAGCUGCCGCCGGAUCAUCCAAGAAGGAUAAAGCCGAGACGACGACGACGACGACAGAACCUAGCACCCCUAAGGAAACGGAAAAGGAACCCGAACCCGAGCCAACAACUGCUGCCGAGCCCGAAAACCCCAACCAAGAGACGAACGAGGAAGAAAGGGAGGCGGCGGAAGCCGUCGCAGACCACCCGGCAUCGCCAACUGCAUCCCAGCCGUCUCUGGCUGAACAGUCCAAGCUUCGAUCUGCCUCGUUCAGGCAAGGAUCUGUGUCAGCCGGCAGUGGACCUAUUUCACCGGGGGGGGCUCAGGGUCCAGAGGGAGAAACCGCCACCGAUAUCUACCGCAAGCAUGUUGCUCGCAUAGAAGAGCUCGAGAAGGAGAACAAGCGCCUCGCCAAGGAGUCUACCGACUCGGAGAAGAGAUGGAAGAAGGCCGAAGAGGAGCUUGCUGACUUGCGCGAGACAGAGGGCGAAGCUAAGGUCGGACCAGACAGUCAAGUUGAGAAGCUGAAAUCCGAGAUCGAGGCCCUUCAGCGUCAGAACUCUCAGCUCCAGCAACAAGCCUCUCGCUCUGGUGCUCGUCAUGGAUCCUCGCCAUCGGUUUCAAUGUCAUCACCCCCUGCUGAGCUCGAAGCCCAGCUGGCCUCCAAGACAGCGACCAUCGAGUCGAUGGAGAUCGAGAUCUCGAAGCUGCGCGCCCAGGUUGAACGUCAGGCCAGCGGCACAUCCUCAGAACGCGAGCAGAUCGCGGCUCUGGAAGAGAAGCUUGCUCGGUCUGAGAAGGCCGCCACCAAAGCGCAGCAGGAGCUCACCGACUUGCGGAAGAACCUUGACCGUACGGCGGAAAAGGCCGUUCGCGAGGGUAGCGAGCGCACAAGCGCAGAGACCAAACUUCGCAGUUUAGAGCACGAACUCGCGGAAUCCAUCGAUGCCAGGCUGGAGGCCGAAAAGAAGGCGGAUGGUCUGGAGAAGAAGGUCGCGACGCUGACGACGCUGCACAAGGAACAAGACACGCGGACGCAGGCACUGCGCAAGGAGAAAGAGCGCGCCGAGAAGGAGGUCAGCGAGCUCAAAGCGAGAGUCGAGAGCCUGGAGAGUGAGAACACGAGACUACGCAGCCGCAAGUCUGCCGAAGGCGGCGGUGGCCUGGACGACGACGGAGUCGAUGAGCUCGAGAACGAGGAGCGCCUGCGGCUCGAAAAGAAGGUCCGCGAUCUCGAGGCCGAGGUCUACGAGCUCCGCCACGGGCACUGGCAGGAGAAGCGCCGCGAGCUCAACAGCCCCAGCUUCGAAAACGUUGACCUCGGCGGUAGCCGCGGCACUUCGCCGUCCGCGCAGAGGAAGCAACCCGGAGGCAUCGGGGACUUUUUCCAGAGCGGCAUCAACGCCCUCACCGGCACUGCCGAUGAUGAGCUACUCGAGGACGAUGACGUGGACUUUGAUGAGGACGCGUUCCGCCGCGCGCAGGAAGAGGAGUCCAAGAAGCGUCUCGAGCGCAUCAAGGAGAUCAAGCGCACUCUCAAGAACUGGGAGGGAUGGAGGCUGGACCUCGUUGAGAACCGGCGGGGCGGCUCCGAAGGCGUCGGUGAGGUGUUUGAGGUCUAGAUCUAGCUGUGGCAACUAGGAACUUGGUGUUUGGUUUUGAUUGAAGACAUUUCUGCUGACCCGGGUUCCCAGUGUCGCAUGUACUAUGUAGGUGGGUAGACCAAGGCUGGAUAUCCAGCUGAAUACAAUGGGAAUUUCGAGAGAAUCGAUGCAAGACCAGCAUCGCCAGGUUCGCAUCUCCAUCCCGCCCUCACUGGUCGCCAACCCCCCCAAUUACUCAGCCUGAGAUGAUCGUCACUCGUGCAUCGUGCAUCGUGCAUCCGACCCCCCUCCCC